UUUUAAAUUUUAGGGCGACGAAUAGCAAUUCAGUAAUUAAAUUUAGGCCGUCAAUUUCAUUAACUGCUUUCGGAACCUAGCUCACAUGCAUCACAUAGUACGAGGUGGCUUUAAUAAUCUAAUUAUGACCAGUUCAAUACUGCUUCCUGGCCUUUUCUUUUCGUUUGAAAAGCCGAACCUUGGAAUCGAUAAUCGUUAUUCAUUAGAAAAUCAAAGCUAAUCGCAAGCCGUCCUUUCCAUUAACUGUUUUCCAAACCUUACUAUCAUAUAAUUUGGUCUGAAGUGGCUCGAAGAAUCUGUUGACCGGUUCAGUUCGUCGACGUUGAUUGCCAAGCAUUCACCGCUAUUGUUUCAUGCUUCCUGGCCUUUUCCUUCGUAUGAACAACCGAACCAGGAAAAUGGAAACGGAUAAUGAGUACGCACUGUUACCAUAUGCGACAACUUCAUUAUUAUCUUUCAAAAUUUCAGCUAAUCACUAAAGGACAGCUGAUGGCCUCGUAGAUUACCAGAAAAUUGUUACUGCCGGCUAGACUAUUGUUUAUUAAUUAAUUCCGUAAGCAGUACCCGGUUUACUGAUUAGAUCUUCUAUUUAAACAGCUUUCAACCGGCAUACUUAGGCAUAGAUCAAAUCCACCCAUACAUCGCUUUUUCUCGCUUCUUUGUGUGAACUGUUUCUUAUCAUUUCUCAGUACUCUACAUCUGUUGGGCUAUUUCGGGAUGGCAUAUAUUCAAGUAGUCCUUCUGUUGAGCCUAUUGCUGGCUCUCACUUCCUGUUUUCUCACAUUUGCCGCUGACCCAGCAUCUCUUCAGGACUUCUGCGUGGCAGACAGUAACAACCAAGUGAAACUGAAUGGGUUCGCUUGCAAAAACCCGGCUUGGGUUCAGGCAAACGACUUCUCCUUCAGCGGGCUCCACAAUCCUGGCAACACAGGCAACCCAUUUGGCUCUGCUAUAACCCCUGUCACAGUGGCUCAAAUUCCAGCGCUCAACACUUUGGGAAUCUCGAUGGUCCGUAUCGACUAUGCUCCAUGGGGCGUCGUUGUUCCUCAUUACCACCCUAGAGCCACUGAAAUUAUCACAGUAAUCGAGGGAUCUCUUGAAGUUGGAUUCGUCACAUCAAAUCCUGAUAAUCGCCUCAUCUCCAAAACCCUUCAGAAGGGAGAUGUAUUUGUGUUCCCAGUUGGGUUGGUUCACUACCAACGAAAUAUUGGGCACAUGAAUGCGGUGACGAUUUCUGGAUUGAAUAGCCAAAACCCAGGAGUUAUUACCAUUGGCAAUGCUGUCUUUGGCUCCAAGCCUGACAUAUCCACCGACAUUCUCGCAAAGGCGUUCCAAGUUGACAAGAAUAUUGUGCAGCAAAUUCAAGGGAAGUUCUAGAGACUUUGGGGACAUUAAAGUGAGAGUGUGCCAAUUUAUUUAAGACUAGACUUUGCGGCAUAACUAGCUAUUGUUUGUCCGUUCAUUUGCCAUUUUAUUAAAUUUUCAAUUAUCCAAUUAUACUUGGUGGUUUCUUCGUUAUUUCUUGCUAAGAGUUGUAUCCUUAAAAUAUGACUCACUCAUUCUAAUAUCAUCUUCAUUUUCGGAUUCCUUGGAUUUAUUAGAUGGCAAAUUCUACUAUAAGUACUCUAUAAGAGUAUAGACCGUGCGGAUCACCAUUUGUUUCAUGGAGAAAGUUGGACAUGGAGUGAACAUAAAAAGUUUUGUUCUUUUGUAUCAAACAUAUGAAGGAGUGAGUUGCACUCUUAGGAAGGUAUUCAGUGGAAUGAAACUCAUUAAAAGCUUGCACAAUACUACUUCAUAAUUUUGGCCAACACUUUUUGUAAAACUCCAAGGUAAAUCCAUCUGGUCCUGGAGUUUUCCCCCAUCACUAUUGGCGGUGGAUGACCAAAUUUCCAUUUUCAAGAAAGGACGAAUGAGCAUAGAGGCAACAUUUGUAGGAAGAAGGGACUCGCAGUAGUCUCGUGGGAAGGAAUGUUUGUUCAGAUUUUCAUGAAGCAUCUUCAUGUAAAAAUCAACAAUUCCGUUAGCA